CACAUGGCAGAACAAUCGCCCCAGACGAGGUUUACAUGUCAGAUUCCUUAUCGGAUGAGGCGGAGACAUGAGACGCGAGAUCUGCGGGCGGACAGUUCGGAGGCGACCCGCGGAUGAGAUGGUGUCAAAAUCGGUCUUCCUGCUGGGGUGUCUCGCCCUGGCAUCCGCGGACAUUCCAGUAGCAUGUUACUACGAGGACAUCCGCGGCACAUGGACCUUCCAGGAGACGGAGCGGUCGGGCGACAGCAGCCUCAGCUGCGACGCCCUCGGCCCCGUCGUCCACACCAAGACCUUCACCCUCAGCUUCCCCGACACCGCCACGGACGAGCUCGGCAACGAAGGAACGUGGACUAUGAUUUCGAGUCAAGGAUUUGAGGUGAAUAUCAACGGAAGGUCCUACUUCGCCUUCUCCUACUACGAGGGCGACUGGGAGAACUCUGUCUCCUACUGCGAUCGUACCUUCAACGGUUGGUCACGUGACAAGACAGUGAGGAACUGGUCCUGUUUCAAAGGCCAAAAGAAUACGCAGGUAGCGCCAAGAGUUCCCAAGAGGACGCAGAGGCUUCAGGACCAGCAAUACAGAGUGGACCAUCGACACAUUGCGCAGAUUAAUGCCAUUCAGACGUCGUGGACGGCGAAGGCGUAUCCGCAGUUCGAGCAGUACACCAUAGAGGAGAUGCAGCUGAGGUCCGGCGGCCACGGGUCCUCUCUCCCUCCCGCCUCGCCUCCUUCUUCUUCCCCGGAGCUGCUCGCCCGCCUGAGCCUCCUGCCGGAGAACUUCGACUGGCGUGACGUGGAGGGCGUGAACUACGUAGGCGGCGUGAGAGACCAGGCCCAGUGCGGGUCCUGCUACGUGUUCGCCUCCACCGCCAUGCUCGAGAGUCGUCUCCGAGUGAAGACACGGAACCAGCGCCAAGAUGUCUUCUCCACGCAGGACGUGGUGUCAUGUUCUGCCGUCUCACAAGGAUGCAAUGGAGGCUUUAAGUACUUAAUUGCAGGCCGUUACGCCAUGGAGCAGGGUAUGGUUGCAGAAGAGUGCAAUCCUUACACUGCACAGGACGACCCGUGCGCCACCGACCCGUCCUGCGCUCGCACCUACGUCAGCGACUACUCCUUCCUCGGCGGAUACUACGGCGGGAGCAGCGAGGACCUCAUGAUGGAGGCCCUGGUGGCGCGGGGACCCAUGGCCGUGUCCUACAUGGUCUACGACGACUUCUUCAACUACGAGGGCGGCGUGUAUCACCACACGGGCGCUCGGAGCGACUUCAAUCCUCACGGGGCCACCAGCCACGCCGUCCUGCUCGUGGGCUACGGCGUCGAUCCUGCCACGGGAGAGAAGUACUGGACCUGCAGGAACUCGUGGGGCGCGGACUGGGGCGAGGGCGGCUUCUUCAGGAUCAGGAGAGGAACCAACGAGUGCAACAUCGGUUCCUAUGCGGUCGAGGCCACGCCCAUUCCCUAGUUAGGAUGGAAUGUGCCGGAGUUGUAAACCUUCGAAGGAUGUGUAAACAGGUUUCAUUGCAAAAAAAAAGGUUUUAUUUA